UACCGCCGAACGUUUGCCCGAACGCAGAAUCGCAGAUCCGGCGCGCGAUUCUACGACGUGAGACAGCGCUCACUAUAAGCAAUCGCUUGAAUUGCGACGUUUAAGCGAACAUUUCCCAAGCCUGACUGCAUUAAUAAACUCUCGCAAACUGUGCCACCGAGUUAUAUACAGCGUGGCGUUUUAAGUAUUGCGUACUUAGUUUUAUUAGGCUAGGCAAAAGUGAUCGCGCGAAAAGUUUACUCUAGAAAUAAAAUUAGCUCUUGGCUAUUACAGCUCGCGUUGUAGGAAGCGAAAGGCCUGCGAAACUUCCUGAUUGACCGAUCCAGAGACUUCGACGCGGACGACGCACUAUUUGCGGCUAAUGGCUCGGAAGCAGCAGUGCGUCGCCAUUGUUCUGGCCAUGUUGGCGGUGGCAGGGGCCGAGGCGAAUUUCUGGGAGAGGCCCGGCUGCCACAAAGUGGGACACACGCGCCGGGUGAGCAUCCCCGAGUGCGUCGAGUUCGACAUCACGACGAACGCGUGCCGGGGCUUCUGCACCUCGUACUCGAUCCCGUCGCCAGAGUUCACGCUGCGCAUGAACCGCAACCACCGGGUCACCUCGUUCGGACAGUGCUGCAACAUCAUGGACACCGAGGACGUCAAAGUGCAGGUCCGCUGCCUAGACGGCCACAGAGACCUGGUCUUCAAGUCGGCCAAAAGCUGCGCCUGCUUCCACUGCAAGAAGAACUGACCAAGUUCCUCCUCGACAGUUGGAUGGCCGUCGAUGCGGCACCAUCCCUUUGCCACAUUUCCUUCUCUGCACGCACACAGCUGGUCACGGAAUAUUUAUGAUCGAACACGUCGUCCUUCAAACUGUGGCUCUAUUUUAACUACAACAGGCAUCUUUACGUCGUGCGAAUAAAUCAUGUACUCUAAUACUGAAAAGCGAGAGCCCCGAUAUCCUCACUGACCGGCUCGCUAUAGUCCGACAAUGCUGGAUGAUUCAUCCUGACCUUUCAGUCUUUCUGGCGGCGGUCCAUAGCACUGCCGCACUUAAUUAUUGGAUUUCUGCUCCUAAUAUUUAUUUAUUUAAUGAUGCUUGGGACAUGCCAGGAAUCUAUAUUUCUUUGUGACAGCUGUGACUAGGUUAUAUAGCACACGCAAGCUUCUUGAAUUCUAAUUUUGUUAUUCCGGUUGUUGAAUGUAUAAGUCUGCAGUACAUUUCGGCCGCAGUUUUGUGUGUAGCAGAGAAAUACAAACGAUGAACAAGCUACACACUCUACCUGUCUUGUGUACAAGUGUCAGAAGUUGGAUGUCCGUGAUAAUAAAGUAUUAUAAAUUGUUG